AUGGCGACUGUGCUGUCCAGGGCGCUCAAGCUCCCCGGGAAGAAGAGCCCAGACCUAGGGGAGUAUGACCCCCUCACACAGGCCGAUAGUGACGAGAGUGAGGAUGAUCUUGUGCUCAACUUGCAGCAGAAGAAUGGAGGGGUCAAAAACGGGAAGAGCCCUCUGGGAGAAGUGCCAGAGCCUGACUCCGAUGCUGAGGCUGUGGGGGCUGCAAAGCCACAUCUUUCGGAGGUCGCCACAGAGGGGUACCCCUCAGAACCUCUUGGGGGCCUGGAGCAGAAGGCAACCUCUUCCAUCAUGUCUUAUGUGCGCACCUCUGUCUUUCUGCUAACUUUGGUCAUCUCCAUGAUCCUGGUGCUCGUAUGUGCUUUCCUGAUCCCCUGUCCCCCCAGAGAUCUGCACAGCACUUGGAGCCGCCACCUGGGCCCGCAGGGAGGUGCGGACCUAUCUCCAUUGGAAUUGGCUGAUGUGAAUGGAGACAGCCUGCGUGAUGUACUUCUCUCCUUUGUAACCUCAAGGAAUGGGAGUGCAACUGGUGUCUCAAAGCCAGCUGCUAUUCUUGUGUGCCUUUCGGGGAUGAAUGGCAGCACACUCUGGUCAAGUCCCCUCCCCGAGGAGGCCCGGGAUAUUACAUGUUUGGAUCUGAUGCCAGGAAGCGUGGCUGAAACCAUCUGCCUUGUGACAGGGACACACAAGAUGUUCAGUGCAUUCAAUGUGACAUCAGGGAAAGCCAUUUGGACUUUAAACCCAAACUACUUAUCUAAUGGUACCCUGGCUGCCCCAGGGGUGGUGCUGCCGGACUUGGAUGAAGAUGGCGUUAGAGAUCUUGUCGUGCUGGCCAUCGGGGAAUUGCAGCCAGAUCUGUGCUUUCUGCUGGUGUCUGGCCGGACAGGGAGUCCCGUGGGCCGACCCGUGAAGUACAACAUCGUGGGAGUGGGGGAUCUGAUUGGUCCUCAGGUUUAUGUCACCACAAAUGGGGCUGUCUACAUCCUGUUUGGCUUUGGAAAUAUCCAAGCUGUCGCCCUGCGGGACAUUUUUGUUCAGGCCCAAAAUCGAGACAGCUUACCACCUUCUCUGCAGAUAGAAGAGCCAGAAUGGGAGAAACGAAGAUCCAUCAACCUGUCUGAGCUCAUUGACAUUUACAGCGAUGGUGUUGAGCUACUCCAGAUGGUGAAGGCACCUGAUUCCAACAGCAGCAACCUCCUGAUUACAACCAGACAAGGCCUCAUCCUGCUUCGGGGGCAAAAUCUUACACCUUCCUGGACACUGAGCCUGCAAGGCCUGCACAGCCAGCCUACUUCUGGGUAUUUCACUGAUGAUCAGACCUUAGACUUCCUUCUCCAGAUACAGGAUGGAGUUGGGAUGAAAAAGAUGAUGGUGGUGGAUGGGGACUCAGGCUCCAUUACCUGGAGUUACAGUGCUCCCUGUCACGUGAAAGAGACGCCAACCACCUCAGCAGUUACUUCGGACCAGAAGUCUGUCUUCCUCUUCUGGGCUGAAGGGAUGUCAGCUGCAUCUCCCAGUUCUGAUGUCAUCCCAGGAACUGGGCCACCCAGCCUUCACCACCUUUACCUCCUGCAUCCGGCAUUCCCCUCUAUCCUUCUGGAUCUGGCCAACGCCACGGGCCUGGUGACGGCUUCCGAGGUUGGAAUUAACGACCUCUGGAAAGAUGCCUUUUAUGUUACCAGGACAACGGGGCCAAGCUCCGAAGGCCAUCCAGCAGCCCUGGUGGUCAGCAAGCUUAGUCUACGGUGGGCGCUGAUGGAAGGCCAGGUGGUGCAGCUCGAGGACACCACCCCCAAAAUUGGCCGUGGGGAGCUGCGAAGAUUCCUCUCUAGGAUAAAGUUUGUUGAUCCUCCCCACCAGAUAUAGUCUGAGGAAUCUUCCAUCUCAGAAGAAGUGAAGAGAGUGGUACCGUCUCUCUCCCAGCAGCGUCACGUCAGUUCUUUGGAGAGAAGGAAGACUUCAACCUCAUUUCACCGGCUCUGCGUGAUUGUCACAAAGCACUUUGAGGGCGCGUUGGAGUUCUCAGAUGACAGCACCAUCCGUUUGGCUGGGGUAUCUGACCUACCUUUACAGUCCUUGCAUUAACCCCCUCUAGGCACUCCACGGAUAGUUUGGAAAUGUGACUCUUACCGUUUAUUUUUUGUGUGUCUAAUUUAUAAACUCCUGGGAAAUUCCGGUGAGGUUCUUCCCUGGAACAUUUUGUUUUGCAUUAUGCCACCUGUGUGUAUGUGUUGGUGUUGGGAUGACAUAGUUGCUCGAUCUGUUCUAAGCUCCAGGGGCCCAGUUUCUUGUCCUUCUGAGAUAACACUUGGCUUGUUUGAGACUUAGGACUUCCAGUGCCCUGCCUCUGAUCAGGGCCACUGGUCCUUUCCCUCCGUGUUCUCUCACCGCCCGUACCUUGGCUUCUUCCCACCCUAGCGGCAGGGAGACACAGACAGUGGGAGGCUGAGGGAGCCAUCCUCGCAUUCCCAUCUUUUAUCUUCCAUAGCCUCCCGCCUCCCGAACUUUCCAUCUCUACACACUCGGUGACCAUGAGCGCCACCACAUUCCUGUCAGAAGGGGAGCAAGAGCAUCAGAGUGUGUGAGCAGCCUCUGCGUGGUCCAUGUGGCAUUUCGGGGUCCUGAUUGGCCUGGCCAGCAUGGCCUUUUCCCCGCAGUAACUUCUGAAGCGCUCGUGUGCGCGCUGCCCUGGCUCUGUGAAGUCAGGAACCAUUCAGCCAGGUAGCUUAUCCCGGCCUCAUCUCCACUUAGCUCUCUUGGUCUCCUGGCAUCUCCUGUGGGCCGUCCUCCAUCCUGCCUCUCAUUUGCCCUCUCUUA